CCCACUUAGAGGGAUGCCAGAUGAUCAGUGCAGAAUGAAGGUCCCAGGAGAAAGGCUCACGUGGUUUUCUCUGCCCCGUGACGUCACUAGCAGAUGGCAUGGGUACCAGCUCUGGCAGUUGGCAUCAAUGUCACUUUUUAGAGAUCAAUGAGAUAGUGCAGAUAUACACAGAUCUAGGCUCCAGGAGACGAUGCGACACUCAGACUGAAAAGAUUUGGAAGGCAAAAAAUGAAAACUGAUUGUUGAAUGAAAUAAAAAGCUAAGGUAACUUAAGAUUAUAGAACCAUGCUAACACUACCGUUUGAUGAGUCUGUUGUAAUGCCAGAAUCCCAGAUGUGCAGAAAGUUUUCCAGAGAAAGCGAUGACCAAAAGCAAAUAAAGAACCCGGAAAGCUUUUCAAAGCAGAUCAUACUCCGAGGGAAGAAUAUUAAAAGGUCUCCUGGAGAAGACACAGAGAAAGAGGAGGAAGAGGAAGAGAGGGAGGAGGAGGAUGAGAACGGCUUGCCCAGGAGAAGAGGCCUUCGGAAAAAAAAGACGAGCAAGAUCAGGAUGGAAAGGAUCAAAUUCAGGCGACAAGAAGCCAACGCGCGUGAGAGGAACCGGAUGCACGGCCUUAACGACGCUCUGGACAAUUUAAGGAAAGUGGUCCCUUGCUAUUCUAAAACACAAAAACUGUCAAAAAUCGAAACGUUGAGACUAGCCAAGAACUACAUUUGGGCUCUUUCCGAAAUUCUGCGAAUUGGCAAGAGACCUGACCUGCUCACCUUUGUCCAGAACUUGUGCAAGGGUCUGUCCCAGCCAACGACAAACUUGGUGGCGGGAUGCCUGCAGCUGAAUGCCCGAAGCUUCCUGAUGGGCCAGGCAGGUGAAGGUGCCCACCAUGCCCGCUCGCCUUACUCUACUUUCUACCCCCCCUACCACAGCCCUGAGCUUGGCACCCCCCCAGGGCACGGGACUCUCGACAACUCCAAGUCCAUGAAACCCUACAACUACUGCAGUGCGUAUGAGUCCUUCUACGAGAGUACUUCCCCCGAGUGUGCCAGCCCACAGUUUGAAGGUCCCUUAAGUCCUCCCCCAAUUAACUAUAAUGGGAUAUUUUCCCUGAAGCAAGAAGAAAGCUUGGACUAUGGCAAAAAUUACAAUUACGGCAUGCAUUACUGUGCAGUGCCACCCAGGGGUCCCCUUGGGCAGAGCUCGAUGUUCAGGUUGCCUACAGAGAGCCACUUCCCUUACGACUUACAUCUGCGCAGCCAGUCUCUCACCAUGCAAGAUGAAUUAAAUGCAGUUUUUCAUAAUUAAUGAGGAAAAUGAAAAUAAACAGUGGUCAUUCACCUCCCCAUCUAAUUAAGAGCGAGCAGAUGCUUGGGCACUGCGUAAUUGGCACAACUCUAUUUAACGUGUUUACUAGUUUCUAAAGUGUGUUUCAACUAUUGUGGGGAUUUUCUAUGUAUUAAUAAAUCCCUUUUCCAAUAUGCAUUUUUCCUUUUUUUGUUGGUUUUUUUUUGUUUGUUUGGUUGGUUUUUUUUGGUCUGUAAACACUGUGAAAUUAUGUUUCUUCCCAGAGCUUAUUUCCUCCUUCCUUUUUUUCUUACCCCCCUACUUGCUUGAUUUGUUGAGCAGUGUGUCUGAACAGCACCGCCGAAAUAAAAGCAUACACACUGUGUAAAGUCAGUGUCUAUUUUGAUUGUACAGUAAUUAUACAAAUGCAUGUUAUUGAAAUCAGAUGAAUAAAAAUGAUGUAUUUAUAAUUGGUAGAAAUUAUAUAUUAUGUAUUUGAAGGGUUUAAAAAUAUUCAGAACUUUAAAGAAAUUCUCAGAACUGAGAUGGGCUUGCAAUAUGCAGAGGUGAGAGAGCAGCAAUAUUGAAAGCUAUGCAAAAAACACAUACAAAAAAAAAAAACAAAA